AAACCAGCUCGUGUUCAAGUGGACCCAGAGACAAUCCCACAAGAUGAUGCUCCACCUCAAACGGGUACCGUCUUCAAUAUUUGGUAUAACAAAUGGUCUGGUGGUGGAAAUCAAUUCCAAUUAGUCAAAUCCAAAUAUAAACUAAAUGUUGAAAAGGAUUCAGGUUAUACAAGAGCUAAUAAAAUUGAUGGACAGAAAUAUUUUUGUCUAUUCUUUGCUAAAGGAAUGUGUACAAAAGGUAGAAAGUGUGAAUACUUGCAUAGAAUUCCUAAUGAUUUGGAUUUUUUCCCACAAACUGUUGAUUGUUUUGGCCGUGAAAAAUUUAGUGAAUAUAGAGAUGAUAUGAGUGGGAUUGGUUCUUUCAAUACAGUUAACAAGACCCUAUACAUUGGUGGGUUAAUAAUUAAGGAUAAUACCCAGGAUCUGUUGAAUAAAGAGUUUAGAAAAUUAGGGAAAAUUGCAAAGAUAAAUGUGAUAAAUAAUAAAAAUUGUGGGUUUAUAACUUUUAAAAAUGAAUCAAGCGCACAAUUUGCUAAAGAAGCAAUGUUUGGCCAAAGUUUAUACGGAACAGAUAUUCUCAAUAUUAAAUGGGCAAAUGAAGAUCCAAACCCAGCAGCUAUAAAGGCGAAAAAAAGACAACAUGAAGAAGAAACUCAACAAGUUGUUGAACAAUUACUG